AUUUUAGGACAGGAAUUAUAUCACUAAAAAAGAUAGUCAUAAUCUAGGACACAGUUCAUAUACCACCGAGCACUUAAUAAAAUUUAUACCUUUGCAUGAUUUUCAAAAGGAAGUAGAUGGAUCAUGACUUGAUUACAAACAGAUACACCGGCGCAUUAAAAUUUAUAUCUGCCAAAAUCGUGACAUUAUUGUCAAACUGUUGAAUGCUUUAAUUUGUUCUCUUGAAAAUUAUACUCUGUAUAAGAUUUUGGCAUUUCAACUAUAUUCAUUGAUCCUGCAUAUAUCUUCAUCAUCCAUCCUCUUUCAUCUUUCACAGAUAACACAAACGUAGAUGGCUCAGACUACCCCAAACCACAUUCAGACUGUCUCCGGUUGGGCAGCUCGUGACGCUUCCGGGAAGAUCACUCCCUUUACUUUCAAAAGAAGAGAAAAUGGGGCAAGGGAUGUGACCAUAGAGAUCUGGUUCUGCGGAAUGUGCCACACUGAUCUCCACCACAUCAAGGAUGAUUGGGGCAUCACAAAGUACCCUGUUGUUCCAGGGCAUGAAAUCACUGGGGUGAUAACUAAAGUGGGAAGUGAAGUGAGCAAUUUCAAGAUUGGGGAUAAAGUAGGGGUAGGGUGCUUGGCAGCUACCUGUUUGAAGUGUGACUUUUGCAAGGAAUCCCAAGAGAACUACUGUGACCAGGUCCAGUUCACAUACAAUGGCAUCUUUUGGGAUGGCAGCAUUACCUACGGGGGUUACUCCAACAUGCUGGUUGCUGAUCACAGGUAUGUGGUGCGGAUGCCGGAAAAUCUAGCAAUGGAUAAAGCAGCACCUCUGCUGUGCGCCGGGAUAACUGUUUACUCUCCCAUGAAAGACCACAACUUGUUUGAGUCAGCAAAGGAGAAGAAGAGGAUUGGGAUCAUAGGGCUGGGUGGGCUUGGCCAUGUGGCUGUUAAAUUUGGGAAGGCACUAGGUCACCAUGUCAGUGUCAUCAGCACAUCUCCCUCCAAAGAAAAGGAAGCUAAACACCACUUGGGUGCAGAUGACUUUAUUCUUAGCACCAACCCUCAGCAUAUGCAUUCAAGGAAGAGGACUUUGGACUUCAUUUUGGACACAGUGGCAGCCAACCACUCCUUGGGAGAUUACCUAGAGCUGCUUAAAGUGAAUGGAACUCUGGUGGUUGUGGGUGCACCGGAAAAGCCAAUGGCUUUGCCUUCUUUCCCAUUGAUUUUCGGGAAGAGAUGUGUGAAGGGAAGCAUGAUUGGGAGUAUGCAGGAGACUCAAGAGAUGAUAGACUUCUGCGGGGAGCACAACAUAUUGUGCGACAUAGAAAUGGUGAAGACUGAUGGAAUCAAUGAAGCCAUGGAGAAGCUUGCAAAGAACGAUGUCAAGUACCGCUUUGUCAUUGACAUUGCAGGCAAAACGCCAAAGCUCUAGCCUCUACGAAUGAAUGAAUGAAUGAAUGCCAUCAAAUCUUUUAUACCCCAGUAAUUAUUUAUGGGUUUUCCCCUUCUACAAAACAAAACAAAACAAAACAAUUUUUUUUUAUUUCUGGUGUUACAUACGACUCUGAUAACUCUCUUGAGCCUCAUUAUUUUCUGAAACUGAAUGGUCAUAAGGUUUCUGACCACUCCUUUUCAACUAGUUUCCUUCUUCUUAAGUUUUCACACAAUGAGACCAGAACUUUCUUUAUGUCCACCGAUCAUCAUCGAACUUCGUUAUUGAGACCCAUCAUUAUCGAACUCAAUACCGCUAUGGUCAAUUACCGGAUAAGUUUUCGUGCGUUUUUUAAUUAGUAUUUUUCAUUUUUCCAUUUUUCAUGCAAGCAGUAACUUUUAUUUCGCCCAUUUUUUUUGAAUUUUCGAAUGUGUGUUGAGAUCAUUUUACUUAAAUUUGAUGUAUCUUUGUUUAUUUCCCCCCAUAGAUCGUAUUAAUGCAACUGAUGUUAUGUUUUUUAUUUUUAAUGAAAUUUGAAGUAUUAGAAAAGCUAUUGCUAUUCAGGAAUUAAUUUUUUGAAGUAUUAGAAAACCUAUUGCGCAAAUAUGUUUAUACUCCUUCCGUCCCCUGUUAUCGUCCCAUUGCGGUUUACGAUGCUUGACCGACGAUAAAGCAAACAGAUCCCUGUCCGCACUCAAAUUAUUUUUAGGAAAAAAAAAUUACAUAUUCAGAAACUACAUUAAAAGAUUUACAAAGUCGCAAAAACCAGAAUCAAAUUUGAUAAAAAUUUGAUACAUAAGUAAGAGAUUAAGAGUGAUUUGUGUUGACCAAGUGAAUAAGAAAUGUGACAAUAAUAGGAGGACGGAGGAAGUAUUUUACUAUUUGGUUCCAUAUUUUUUGAUCUAUUCUAUGAUUUUUUUCAUGUUACGGAGUAGUACGGUAUUAUCCACUUUAUUCUAUAAGAAUUUGUUAUAUCUGAGAAACAUGCGGAAAGAAAAAUUAUUGCGCCUUUAAUCUUUUUUAUGCAAUCAAUAAAACUCGAUAAAGUCUAGUCGAAUAGCGAAUAUCUUUUUCUUUUUUAAAUGUAUUCAUAUUUAUAAACUCAUUACUCCGUACUAUAUUCGCUCAUUGCUCAUUGAAUCGUAGCAAGUUUUCUUUUUUAUUGUCAAACAAAAAAAUUUACCACGUUUUUGAUAACUAAGUUGUAAUUUAAUAAUAUUUUCCCUACACACAAAUCUUAAUUACAAAUUUAUCGGAUAAACAUGUCAAAUUCUUAAUUAACUAAGUUGCUUCAUUCCUCCCCACUAAAACACACAACGAAGAAAAAAGCACACCCACUGAACCACUCAUUCUGCCAUUCAUCCAUAUCAGAAAGGUUAGUAUGCCCUUCAAUCCGUCGUCGCAUCUCAUGCAUAUUGUAAAUAGUACUGUAUCGUUGCUUUUUCAAACCUUUACAUGUUUGUGUUUGGGGGUUUGGCUUGAAAUGGGUUUGUACUUGGUUAUAUAUAGCAAGAGGCGAGAGAAGCGCACCCAACUAACACGUGAUUCAAUGUCUCAUUAAAUAAACAUUCAGAAUUUCAAAGAGCAUCUGAAAAACAGCAAACCUUCAUUAUAAAUAAAUGGUGAGAUUUAGAGGGGUCAGGGGUGUCCCCAAUUAUGACUUUGAUGGAUUUUAAAAGAUGAUGGAUUUUGAAAUUCGAGAAGAGUCUACAAGAUUGUGAUUGAUUGUUUUUGUAUAUAGAAAUCCAUCGAAAUCCAUUAAAAUAUGUGCAAAUAAGUAACACCAGAAAUCCACGGAAUGUUUGAAGAAACCUUUAUUUUCAUGGAUUACAAAGAAAUCCAAAUCGUGGACACUUGAAUUCUGACGUAAUUCUAAACUCCAUUAAAAUCCUCCAUAAUCCGCAUUGGGGACACCCUUAAUUUUGAGAAGCUAGAAGGUUAGACACAUUUGCAUUGAUUAUUAAUCCAUCUCUCCGUGGUACAAAUUUCUAGAACAUGUUCCCGCCCAAAUCUCCCCCAUUUUACUACUCUAUAUAUGAUAAUAUAGAAAUACAGAUUUGGUUAUAAUUCAAUUUAUUUUGAUUUGAACCCAGCGCAUAGGUUCCUGAAAAUAACGCAAAUCUGUUUGCGCCAUUUCGUUUAGAUGGAGAUACUGAAGGGUCCAACUGCCAAUAACAUAAAAAUGGAAUCGGAUGAUAAUACUCCAUUAAGCUUCCGUCUGGGAGUGCGAAAAGCUAGUGCUGAGGGACCACCUGUAACAGCAACACCAGAGAAGAAACAGAAGAUGUUUGACAGUGAUCCUGAUCAUUCCACAGAGGAACCGACAGAGAAGAUCCGAGGAGAGCUAGACAGUGCGAAGAAAGAGAUAAAUCUCCUUUCACAGAAAAAAUCUGAGGCAAUGAAGUGUUUGCAAGAUGCCCAAACACUGAUCACUAACUUACGCAGGGAUAAGGAAAACGCACUUAAGAGGGCUAAUCAGGCUGGACAUGCAAAAGUUAAGUUGCAGGAUGAAGUUACCGAUCUCAAGGCUGAUCUAGACAAGCUCAAGACUGAUUUGAUUGUUAAGGGGGUUGAGGUUGUAACUGCGGUUGAAUCUUUCAUGAACUCUAAAGAGUUUGAUGACAUUAAGCAGGAGUGGGAGGAUCUAUUAAGGAAUGAGCUAAAUGAAGCUCACAAGGAGAUGUGUAACCUUCGCAAGGAGAAGCAGGAUGCUAUCAACAAAGUCAGGAAAUUAGAGGAUGAGGUGGUUAAGCUAAACAAAGAGCGGCGGGAAGUUGAAGAUAAGAUGGUUGAGCUCCGCAAAGAAAAGCAAAAUGCAGUCUAUCGUACCAUCCAGCUGAAGCAGGAGGUGGCUAAGCUCCAUAAGGAAAAGCAAAAUGUGAAUGAUAAAUUGAGCCAAGUUGAGCAGCAGAUGGUUAAAUUCAAGGCUGACAUUAAGAAGCUGUUGCAACUAUGAUUUUAUUUCAAUAAUCAGCUGCUGAAGGUUAGUAGUUGCUAAAUUUUGUAAAACAAUAGUGGGUUAGCCUUUGGUAGUUAGGUUAUGAAGUGUCUUUGAUCUUUUGCCUAUAUCAAUGGAUUUAGUCAGGGGGUUAAUCAAUCUAGGAUUUAUUAGGUUUUCUGGACUUCUAAUAUUUGUAGAUAUUUCAUCAAGUAUGCAAGUACUCGUUCAAUGUUUGGUAGGUAUUCAAUCCCGACCUUUAAAGUCAUUUAAGAAAAGGUUUGUAUCUUCAGACAUGAGGUUCUUCAACUGCCCUUUGUUCCUUGAACGUUGGUGGAUGAGUUCAAACCUCAUGACAGGAGGCAUUUAAAGUCUCCUAACAGUUAACGUUAGGAACUUUUCUCCAGCUAUAGAUGCUCCAAUCCAGUAUUACUCGAUAUUUCCUACCGCAACGCUAACUCAAGAGGGGAACUUUUCUGUACCGUUUUCUUCUUGUUCAUUAUAGUUUGAUACUAUCACACUGGGACAUAUUCAUAUUAACUACAUCUCUCCC